AUGUGUGGCUCACGCAGAAGACUGGACUCUAAAACAGAAGAAACAGUGGCGGAUUGUGUGGUCGUCGGAGACAGAGUAGAACGGCGAGGAGCCGGAAAAUUGUGUAGUGCGGAUGCGGUGGUCGGCUCAGAAAGAGUGGAAGGAAUAGUGAAUGAAGGACUGAAAACAAGUAGUGAUGGUAGUGGUGGUGCUCCACUUGAUAAUAGCGGGGAUGGUGGUGUUGAUAGUGGUGCAUUUGAUGGAGGAGCAGGUGGUUCUCCACUUGAUGAAGGAAGUGCUGGUGUUGGUGGAGGAAGUUGUGGUAUAGGUGGUGCUCCACUUGAUGAAGGAAAUAGUGGUGGUGGUGUUUCAAGUAAUUCAUUUAAUGGAGAAGAAUGUAGUGGUGGCGGUAUAGCCCUACUUGAAAUGGGCGGUGGCGGUGGCGGUGGCGGUGGUGGACAUGUAAUCAAGGGAGAUGGAGAUUGUGUUGGUAGACAUUCAGGUAAAGGAGGUGGUAGUGGAUUACUAUCUAUAUUAGUGAAGGAUGGUAAAGGCAAGGAUGAUGGUGGUAAAGGUGGUGGUGGUGGUGGAAUUUGA